CCAAAUUCCCUUCUGAAGCUGAGAUUGCUAAAAUAUAAGGGAGUGAAACGGUUCUCCCCUCAUAACUUGUUACUGGGGCCUCAUGACCUUGCUUUCUGUCCCCCAAGGUGCUGCUAUCUGAUUUUGUCGCCCAGACUUUGGGAGUUUGAGCAGGACUAGCCGCCCUGGCCUGGUGUGUGAUGAUUGGCAGGCAGCUGAGCCCCUCCUUCACAUCUGUCAACACAGCUGGCUGCAAGCAAGUUGCUGCCCGUGACCACUGUCUGCAGGGACCACAGAGGGCGGGGAUUGAAACUGGGGUGAAUACCUCACUUUCGUUGCUUGGAAAGUAGAAGUCCACGUUGAUGCUUCUUCCCAAAGUCCCAAAUUUUUCAGCAGGAAUUGGGUCUGUUGGACCAGGUCUGAAGCUGAGAGAAGAAUCAGCAUUCAAAAGCAGCCAUCAAGGCUGGCAUCCACCCCAGUUUCUCCUCUGAGAUUCAACAGAAGAUCCUGAUGGAGGAGGAUGAUAACCAGAGAGAGGAACCCACGGAGGAUGAAGCUGUCGAUGUGCAACAUCUUGGUUCCAACAAGAUUAUGGCAGAGCACAGCCAAAUGCAAAAGCGGCUGGAUUUCCAAAAUGGUAGCUUAGAGGAAGGUCUUGAAGCAAAUUCCCUUGAGAGCAAUCCCCUAAACGUGAUGGAGAGCCUAAGCCAGAAGAAAUACUCUUCCAGUCUGAGAUUUAAAGCCAAUGGAGACUACUCUGGCUCCUAUUUAACCCUCUCACAACCUGUGCCUGCUAAGAGAAGCCCUUCUCCUUUGGGAACCAGUGUCAGAAGUAGCUCCUCAUUGGCCAAAAUCCAGGGAAGCAAGCAGUUCUCUGGUGAUGGCACUGACAGAAAUCUUUCCACGAAGCCUCCCACUCCUUCAGUCAGCACCUCACCCUCCCUCGGUGGUUAUCUGCUUGGCAGAGUGGAAUUGGAUCAUUAUACUGGUCGGGACAGUGAAAGGUCCUUGAGGGUCUCAGAAAAGUUCCCCUAUUCCAAAUAUAGCUCAAGGAAUAAAUCCCACGACAAUGUCUACUUUCUGGGAGGACCAGAAGGUCGAAAGGCAUCUGGCUCCCUCCUGGCCAUGUGGAAUGGAAAUACCCUGAUUGAUACCAGCCCCUCUCCCAUCAGCAGAUCAGGAGCGGCAAGCAUGCCUUCUAGCCCAAAGCAAGCCAGGAGAAUGAACGCUCAGGACAACCUGACGCUUCAGCCCAAGUUAACCAGACACAAGGAGCUCACAUCUGAAAACAUCGGUUUGAGAACCAGGAAGUAUUCGGGCAGCAGCCUGAGUCACAUGGGAGCCUAUAGCCGAUCCCUUCCCAGGUUGUACAAAGCCACAGAAAAUCAGCUGAUGCCUCUCAGUUUGCCUCCAAGGAACUCUCUGGGCAAUUCUAAACGCACUAGACAGGGAGAAAAGGAUCUACCUCAUAGCAUAAUAGACAACGACAAUUACCUUAAUUUUUCUUCUUUAAGCUCAGGGGCUUUACCCUAUAAAACCUCUGUGUCUGAGGGCAGUCCUUAUGUAAGCUCCAUCCUCAGCGUCCCUGCCAGUCCCCGUGUGGCUCGGAAGAUGCUGCUGGCCUCCACGUCCUCCUGUGCCUCUGAUGACUUGGAGCGGGCUCCAUACUCAGGGACAAGCCCUAAUCAUUCCUUUCUUCCCGGAGAGCCGGACAGAGUGUUUGCGGCCGGGAGGAACUACUCCUGUGGGUCUGUCGAGUUUGAUGAUGCUGAUUUGGACAGCCUCAGACAGGCCUCAGGAACCCCCCAGCCUGUUCUUCGGGAGCGAAAGAGCAGCAUUAGCUCCAUUUCAGGACGUGAGGACCUGAUGGAUUAUCACCGGCGGCAGAGGGAGGAAAGGCUCAGGGAACAGGAGAUGGAGCGAUUGGAGCGACAGCGUCUGGAGACAAUUCUCAGUCUCUGUGCUGAGUACACCAAGCCUGACAGCCGCGUAGGCACAGGCACCACUGUGGCCCAUGUGCAGAAGAUCAAUAAGGAGCUUGAGAAGCUGCAGCUCUCUGAUGAGGAGUCUGUAUUUGAAGAAGCCCUGACGAUCCCUGACAUGAGAUACAGGUGCCACCGGAAGGGGUCGCUCCAUGAUGGGGACUUGGCUGGCUUCGGGAGCCCCAGCCAGGGCACUGCCAGCUUCCUCUCCCCAAGGAGCAUCAGAAACGAUGAACAGUUCACUGACCUCACGAAGACCUCCCCACUACCUUCUUCUGCCUUUCUGAAAGCUUCCAGCGAGUCCGCUUAUCUAAGUAUCCUACCAAAGACCCCAGAGAGUGUAAGCGAAGAACAGAGGACUCAGGAGUUGGCCGCAAUGGAAGAGACCCGGAUCAUAAUUCUAAACAACCUCGAGGAACUUGAACAAAAAAUCAAAGAUAUAAAUGACCAGAUGGAUGAGUCUUCCAGAGAGCUGGAUAUGGAAUGCGCGCUUUUGGAUGGAGAACAGAAGUCUGAAACAGCUGAACUUAUGAAGGAGAAAGAGAUUUUGGAUCAUCUAAACCAGAAAAUAACAGAACUGGAAAAGAACAUUGUCGGUGAGAAGACCAAGGAGAAGGUAAAGCUUGAUGCUGAAAGGGAAAAACUAGAGAGGCUUCAGGAGCUUUACUCCGAGCAGAAGACCCAGCUGGACAAUUGUCCUGAGUCCAUGAGGGAACAAUUACAGCAACAACUGAAGAGGGAUGCUGACCUGUUGGAUGUUGAGAGCAAACACUUUGAAGACCUAGAAUUCCAGCAGCUUGAGCGUGAGAGCCGUCUGGAUGAGGAAAAAGAGAACCUGACCCAACAGCUCCUGCGUGAAGUGGCUGAAUAUCAACGGAAUAUUGUUACUAGAAAGGAAAAAAUUUCUGCCUUGAAAAAGCAAGCGAAUCAUAUUGUCCAGCAGGCUCAGCGGGAACAAGAUCAUUUUGUGAAAGAAAAGAAUAACUUACUAAUGAUGCUGCAAAGAGAAAAGGAGAAUCUUUGUAAUCUGGAAAAGAAAUACUCCAGCCUCUCUGGGGAGAAAGGGUUUCCUGUCAACCCCAGUACUCUUAAAGAGGGCUAUAUCAGUGUCAAUGAAAUUAACGAGCCAUGUGCCAAUUCCACGCUUCUGUCCCCUUCCACUCAGUUCCCCGCUGAUGCUGACGCUGUUGCCACUGAGCCUGCCACAGCUGUGCUGGUGAGCCAGCCACAGAAUAAAGAGCACUUUAGAAGCCUGGAAGAGAGGAGGAAACAGCAUAAAGAAGGCCUCUAUCUGAGUGACACUUUGCCUCGGAAGAAAACUACAGCUUCCGUGUCACCCCAUUUCAGCAGUGCUACUAUGGGAAGAAGUACCGCCCCAAAGGCUCAUCUACCCCUGGGACAGAGCAACAGCUGUGGUAGUGUGCUCCCUCCCUCACUGGCCACUGUGACCAAAGACUCUGAGUCUCGGAGGAUACUCAGAGGGUAUAAUCACCAACAGAUGAAUGAAGGACACAGGCAGAAAUCUUCUGAAUUUUACAACCGCACCUCGUCUGAAUCAAAUGUCUACUUGAAUAGUUUCCAUUAUCCAGAUCACAGCUACAAGGACCAGGCCUUUGAUUCUUUGAGCCUAGACAGCUCUGACAGCAUGGAGACCAGCAUCUCUGCCUGCUCCCCUGACAAUAUCUCUAGUGCCAGCACUUCAAAUAUUGCCAGAAUAGAAGAAAUGGAGAGACUUUUGAAACAGGCUCAUGCAGAAAAGACACGCCUGCUUGAAUCCAGGGAACGGGAAAUGGAAGCCAAAAAACGAGCUCUGGAAGAAGAAAAACGACGCCGGGAACUCCUGGAAAAACGACUGCAGGAAGAAACCAGCCAGAGGCAGAAGUUAAUUGAGAAGGAAGUAAAAAUAAGGGAGAAACAAAGGGCACAGGCACGUCCUUUGACACGAUACCUGCCCGUUCGGAAGGAAGACUUUGAUUUGCGAAGCCAUGUGGAGACUGCUGGCCACAACAUCGAUACCUGUUACCAUGUAUCAAUCACAGAGAAGACCUGUAGAGGAUACCUCAUCAAAAUGGGUGGGAAAAUUAAAACUUGGAAAAAACGCUGGUUUGUUUUUGAUCGGAACAAGCGCACGUUCUCUUAUUAUGCAGACAAGCAUGAAGCUAAAUUAAAAGGGAUAAUAUAUUUUCAAGCCAUUGAAGAAGUAUAUUAUGAUCACCUGAAGAAUGCUAAUAAGAGUCCAAACCCAUUACUUACUUUUAGUGUCAAGACGCAUGACAGGAUCUAUUAUAUGGUGGCCCCAUCGCCGGAAGCCAUGCGAAUCUGGAUGGAUGUUAUAGUUACUGGGGCAGAAGGCUACACUCACUUCCUGUUGUAGUGAAUUGGGGCAACAGUCCACUUCAGGGCAUACUGCAAUAAUCUCUUACAAGAAUGAAGCCAUAUUCAAUUCCAGAUGGAAAGACCCAACAAACCCACCACUUUAACUGUGUAUAAGCAAAACUGUUCUCAUAUUAACAGGAAGUCAUCUACAAUGGAGGAUGAAGGGGUUUUAAGUCAAAGCUUGAUCAUGAAUAGCAAAAGAACUGAAGCACCUGUGAAAAAGAGAACACUAUUUUGAUAAAUAGCAUCACCUACAGGAAUAUUUCUUACAAACUUUUUUUUUUUUUUUUACCAGUUGUUGGUUUUGGAGAAACAAACUAAAUAGUUUACAAAAAUGUCUGUAUGCAUUUGGAAAUGUAAAAUUAGUUUAACACCCUAAUCGUUACCACUAGCUUUGAUAUCUUGGUUUUUUAAAAGGUGGAAUUUUGCUAAAGGUAAUUUUAUAAAUAUAGACAAAUGAAGACUUGGGGGGUGGGAUUGGAGGGGAACAUAUUUUAGGAAGAGAUUUUGCCUUAAUUUUUGAGUACCGCACCAAAGCCAAAGACUUGGCCUGAUUUCUGUUUAACAUUAGUAGUUUCAAGUGGUGAACUGCAUUUAGAGACAUUCUACCUUAUCAACUGGAAUUUUCAUGCCAUCACGUGCCCAGGAAGUUCACUUUGAAGAGUUAUCACCAGCAUAAGCUGCUGUACGUAUAUAGCAAGCUACUCUGUGUAAAAGAAGAGAGAACAAAACGAUGCAUGUUUUAGAAAGAAGCAGGCUUACACAUUCUGUCACAUCGGGCAGUUUUAAAUAAAAAGAAUAUUUAGUGUUAGGAGCUCGUUUUGCCAGAGAUUUCUCCAUUCCCAGUGCUGAGAAUAAAGGCAGCCAGUAGCCAGUUUCUUCUGGCUUGUCAGAGCUCUUGGUUGUGGAGCGCACCUGUUCAUCGCAGUCUCACUCGAUAUAACUAUGAAAUCAGAGCUCUGUUUCUACCAAAGAACAGACUGAUCAGAAUUCUUAUUUGCGGGAGUGGUGUAGUUCUAUAAAAAGGCAAAUGAAAUUCAACAUAGCAUUGUCUGUAGUGUACCAUUUUAUUACGUAUUUCUUUACAAUUAGCCUUUGGUUUUUAGAGUUAAAUUAAUUUUUUGUUGAGUAAAUGACUUCAGGCAAGUUCUUUUUGUAAUGGUUUUCCAAGUGCCGUGAAUACCCGUUUAUCUUGUGUGUGUCUGUAAAAAUGAAUGUACUCUCUCCUGAAAGAAGGCAGUAGGUAGAAGUAGAAAACAAUGACCUUAUUUACUAGUUCAAUGUGAUCUGAUUAGAUCUGAAGUGUCUCUCUAGAAGAUCUUUGUCAGGCCUGAGUACCAUUCUUUUUUUUUUUUUUUAACUUUCAGGGUGGUUUGCAUACAUGUUGCCAAUAAUAAGAAUUUGCAACUGGAUGACCAGUAUUUUACUUGAAAGUGAAGGACGAAAAUUACAAUUGAAGAAGACAUUUUUAUAAUCUGUUUAUUUUUUUCACAGAUCACCUCUCUACCCUGUAGUGAUCUAAGAGAAUAAGAUGCAAUUGCUAAAAUGUUGUUGGUUAAUGUAAAGAUGUGACUUUUCUAUACUGUACUUUGCUUUUUCACAUGAUCGUAAAGGUAUUCUAAUCAACUUUGUAUCUUGCAUGAUGUAGUAAGCUUUUAAAUACGUGUGUUAAAUAUGUUAAAUUCAGAUUAAAAUGUUGACCUGAUUUCACAUUUAAAAAUAAACUCUUCCCUCAUGUGGAAGUUACCUAUAAGUAACAUUAUGGAGCAAAAGUCAAUGGUAGAAUCUAAAUAAAGAUUGUUGUGUGUUAACAUUA